ACGAAGUUGCGCCCGUACGUCUAUGGCCGAAUUGAAUACAAAUGAACUCAAACAAGAACUUCAGCUUAUUAACAUUAUAGGUUCGGCACAUGAAAGUUCGAUGUCUGAGUCGGGCCUCAAGUAUUCUAACUAGCAUGCAUAAUCAGUUUCAAGGAAUUCUUUAAGGAGUUUUGAUAAGAGGGCUAAAGUAAGUAUCAAGUCCUUGCAUAAGACUAGGCGCGUACCGAGCAAGUUGCAUUCGGCUGUGGCUUGCAAUAUUUAAAGAAUCAAGAAUGAUGUUACAAUGUUCAUUUGAAGUGCAAUGCACGGAAUAUAUCAUGUUUAAUACAUGCUAAGGUCAUUGUUAUUAUGCAUAGAAUUUUUCGACUCCCUCAUAUCAGAGUCGGUAGUCGGUACGUACCUACAAUGAACUAUAGAAAAUGAUUUGUAAAAGAACGAAUCAUAAACACUGUUCACUAUUGUUACAAAAAGCCAAUCCCAAAACUCGUUCAGGCAUAUUAGGUAGAUACUUACUGUCAUUAAAUACUUAUUGCUGUUUUGACAUAUGAUAUCACAUCCUUUCGAGUGGAAGGGAAUUGCUUGGCACAUACCAGCUACGCGCCUCGUCUACAAAAUAACUAUAAAGUUCGGUGUAGUUUAUAUUUACUUGACGCUACUUUUUAAACUAGUUUAUUCAGGAAGCCGUUGGUCAUCGAUUUUCUUUUGCAGUGGAUGCAGUAUUUCAGGAUAUAGCGAGGUAUAGUCACGAUGUCCAAGGUUUCCAAAGGAAGUCUUCAACGAAUCAGUCAUAUUUUACCCUGGAUUUUUGCUUUUUCAUUCAGCCAAGGCCAAGAUGUUGAUUGGCCAAGUGGAAGCUAUGGUUUUCCUAAACCCAAGUCAGGAUGCCCAAAUAGUAAAACGAGCGUAUGGAGUGAAGGAUGGAGGUUACAGGACAUGGAAGAUAGGGCGUUAGUUUCGCGUUCCAGACUGUCCAAGAAUUCACAUUUUGACAACGAAAUUAUUGGCAACAAGAAUGAUGUAAACAGGACUUUCUGUAUGAAACAAAAUUCAAGUGGAGUAGGAACAGAUUCCUGGCCUAAUGGUGAAUAUUGUAUUUACAAGAGUGGGAUUGAAGCGUGUCCGAAAAAUAUGUCGUCCGGUUGGGUGAAAUGGGACGAUGAAGAUAAUAGUAACAUAAAUAAAAGAGGAGGAUCGCUGCCCCAAGGUGUAUAUAAUCAAGAUACCAAAAUCUAUUACUGUUGCCAAACUAAUGGUAAAUGGUAUGAUUCCAUUGAACUACCAGUGAAUCAACCGUUUUAUUUAUUAACAUCCAACUCUGUUGACACUCCAAAAUGUCAGAUGGUGAAAUGGGCAACCAGUCGCUUGGAGUACGUUGUGUUUGAUACAAAUCAUCAAGACAACGCAGAUUCUGAAGCAGGAGACCAUGUGUUUAUUAAGUAUAGAAGGAAAAUAUAUUAUUGUUACUAUGAAGGUUGCCGUCGCACGAUGACAAACGUUUCCAGCGGGUCGUUCAGAUCUUAUCCAGCACCAGUUACCGAAAUGGAUCCUCGUUCCCAGUACUGCUCGUGGCUAAUUACCAUUCCUGAAACAUCUGUUAUUACCUUGAGUUUCAGUGAACUGACAAUACUCAACUGUGAUGAUACAUUUCUAAGAAUCUACGAUGGUGCUGACGGGAAAGCCCCAUUGUUGGGCUCAUAUUGUGGAUCAAAUGCAAGCAAACAAGUCCAGAUUUCCUCAUCAACAAAUAGUUUAUACGUUGUAGCAAACUCAGGAAUGAUUGGAAGACGAGAUUUUUCAUUUCAAGCCUAUUACAACGGGAGUUUAAAAGAUUCAGGUGUUCGUCGUACAGCUGUUCCCAGCGUUACCGAAAUGAAUCCUUAUUCGCAAUACUGCUCGUGGGUAAUCACGAUUCCUGCAACAUCCGUUGUUUUUUUAAGUUUCAGUGAACUGACUAUACCCAGCUGUGAUGAUACAUUUCUAAGAAUCUACGUAGGUGUCAACGGGAAAGCCCCAUUGUUGGGUUCGUAUUGUGGAUCAAAUGCAAGCACACAGAUCGAAAUUACGUCAUCAACAAACAGUCUAUACUUCGUAGCAAAUUUCGGAAUAUAUGGAAGGAGUGAAGACGACGAUAUAUUUCUAAGAAUUUACGAUGGUGCCAACCAGGAGGCCCCGUUAUUUGGUACAUAUUGUGAAUCACGAUCGAAUGCUGGCACACAGGUCAACAUUACAUCGUCCCGGAACACUGUGUACCUUGAGGCAAAUUUUGGGAGACAUGGAACGAAUGGAAGCCAAGCUUUUUCUUUUCGAGCUCUUUAUAGCGGGAUUUUACAAGAUUCAGUGAAUGAAGACCGUUCGCAUAGUCUAAACAAACUUGUUAUUACAUUACCAAUCGUGGGUUUGGCGCUACUUCUUAUCCUCGUCAUAAUUGUUGUGUUGGUAAAAUACAAACGCAUGCGCAGGAAUGCAGAACCAAAGUUAGUAGUAGCUUCUGUUAAUAUUGCACUGGAGACAGUUGAAAAUUCAGAGGUUGUUCAGGAAUCAAAUGCUGAAAUGUCAACUGAAAAUCACGAAAACGCGCCCGUACACAGUGACAAAGUGGAAGACAGCGUUAACGAAGGAGUAAGCUUGCAUUCCCAUUCGUCAUAUGCUGAUGUUGUAGCAGCCAAUAAGAAUACGAAAUCAUGCGACGGCGUUUACACAGAGUUGGAUCUAAGCAAGCGAGAAAAGGAAAAUGAUUAUCAAGCGUUGGUUAAAUUAGCAGCCGAUAAGAAUACGAAAUCAUGCGACGGCGUUUACACAGAGUUGGAUCUAAGCAAACGAGAAAAGGAAAAUGAUAAUUAUCAAGCAUUGGUUAAAUUAGCAGCCGAUAAGAAUACGAAAUCAUGCGACGGCGUUUACACAGAGUUGGAUCUAAGCAAACGAGAAAAGGAAAAUGAUUAUCAAGCGUUGGUUAAAUUAGCAGCCGAUAAGAAUACGAAAUCAUGCGACGGCGUUUACACAGAGUUGGAUCUAAGCAAGCGAGAAAAGAAAAAUGAUUAUCAAGCGUUGGUUAAUUUGUCGAUGCAGUAUUCCAGGAUAUACCGAGGUAUAGACACGAUGUCCAAGGUUACCAAAGGAAGUCUUCAACGAAUCAGUCAUAUUUUACUCUGGAUUUUUGUUCUUUCAUUCAGCCAAGGCCAAGAUGUUGAUUGGCCAAGUGGAAGCUAUGGUCUUCCUAAACCCAAGUCAGGAUGCCCAAAUAAAACGAGCGUAUGGAGUGAAGGAUGGAGGUUCCAGGACAUGGAAGAUAGUCCGUCAGUUUCGCGUUCCAGACUGUCCAAUAAUUCACAUUUUGACAACGAAAUUAUUGGAUACAGAAAUGAUAUAAAAAGGACUUUCUGUAUGAAACAAAAUUCAAGUGGAGUAGGAACAGAUUCGGCCUUGUGGCCAAAUGGUGAAUAUUGUAUUUACAAGAGUGGGAUUGGAGCGUGUCCGAAAAAUAUGUCGUCCGGUUGGGUGAAAUGGGACGAUGAAGAUUAUCGCAACCAAAAUAAAAGAGGAGGAUCGCUGCCCCAAGGUGUAUAUAAUCAAGAUACCAAAAUCUAUUAUUGUUGCCGAACUAAUGGUAAAUGGUAUGAUUCCAUUGAACUACCAGUGAAUCAACCGUUUUAUUUAUUAACAUCCAACUCUGUUGACACUCCAAAAUGUCAGAUGGUCAAAUGGGCAACCAGUCGCUUGGAGUAUGUUGUGUUUGAUACAAAUCAUCAACAAAACAACAAUUCUGAAGCAGGAGACCAUGUGUUUAUUGAGAAUAGAAGGAAAAUAUACUAUUGUUACUAUGAAGGAUGCCGUCGCACGAUGACAAAUGCUUCCAGCGGGUCGUUCAGAUCUUAUCCAGCACCAGUUACCGAAAUGGAUCCUCGUUCCCAAUACUGCUCGUGGCUAAUUACCAUUCCUGAAACAUCUGUUAUUUCCUUGAAUUUUAGUGAAAUAACUAUACCCAGCUGUGAUGACAUGUUUCUAAGAAUCUACGAUGGUGCUAACGGGAAAGCCCCAUUGUUGGGCUCCUAUUGUGGAUCAAAUGCAAACAAACAAGUCAAGAUUUUCUCAUCAACAAAUAGUUUAUACGUUGUAGCAAACUCAGGAAUGAUUGGAAGACAAAAUUUUUCAUUUCAAGCCCAUUAUUACAACGGGAGUUUAAAAGAUUUAGGUGUUCGUCCUACAACUGUUUCCAGCAGUCCGUUUACACCAAUUACCGAAAUGAAUCCUUAUUCGCAAUACUGCUCGUGGGUAAUCACGAUUCCUGCAACAUCCGUUGUCUCUUUGACUUUCAGUGAAAUGACUAUACCCAGCUGUGAUGAUACAUUUCUAAGAAUCUACGAUGGUACCAACGGGAAAGCCCCAUUGUUGGGUUCAUAUUGUGGAUCAAAUGCAAGUACACAGAUCGAGAUUACGUCAUCAACAAACAGUCUAUACUUUGUAGCAAAUUCCGAAAUAAAUGGAAGAAGUGAGGACGACGAUAUAUUUCUAAGAAUUUACGAUGGUGCCAACAAGGAAUUCCCGUUAUUUGGUACAUAUUGUGACUCACGAUCAAAUGCAAGCACGGAAGUCGUCAACAUCACAUCAUCUGGAAACGCUGUGUACCUUGAGGCAAAUUUUGGGAGACAUGGAAAGAAUGGAAGCCAAGUUUUUUCUUUUCGAGCUCUUUAUAGCGAGAGUUUCAAAGAUUCAGACCGUUCGCGUAGUUUAAACAAACUUGUUAUUAUAUUGUCGAUCGCUGGUUUGGCGCUGGUUCUUAUCCUCGUCAUAAUUGUUGUGUUGGUAAUAUACAAACGGAGGAAUGCAGAACCAAAGUCGGUAGUAGCUCCUGUCAGUAUUCCACUUGAGAAAGUUGAAAAUUCAGAGGUUGUUCAGGAAUCAAAUGUUGAAAUGUCAACUGAAAAUCUUGAAAACGCGCCCAUACACAGUGGCCAAGUGGAAGACGGCGCUUACGAAAGAGAAAGCUUGCAUUCCCAUUCGUCAUAUGUUGAUGUUGUAGCAGCCGAUGCGAAUACGGAAUCAUGCGACGGCGUUUACACAAAGUUGGAUCUAAGUAAACGAGAAAAGGAAAAUGAUUAUGAAGCGUUAAGUAAAUUGGUAUGA